AUGACGACGCAGAACCUCAAGAAGUACGCGCCCCAGGCCCAGGCAUUGCGCCCCGGACCGUACACAUGCGAGGCGCCUGGCGUCCAGAAGCCCGAGGGCGAGACGAUACCGCGCCGCAACCUCGCGGCAAAGAAUGGCCUCGUCAAGGUCCCCCAGGACGGCGUCGACACGCUGUACGAUGUGCUGCGCUACUCGGCCGCCAAGUUCGGCAACGCAAAGUGCGUGGGUGCGCGCAAGAUCGUCAACGUCCACGAGGAGACAAAGAAGAUCAAGAAGAUGGUCGACGGCAAGGAGCAGGAGGUGGACAAGAAGUGGCAGUACUUCGAGCUCAGCCCCUACAGCUACAAGAGCUUCGUCGAGUUUGAGAAGAUGGCCCUGACCGUCGGCUCUGCCCUCGCCCACCUCGGCUACAAGCCCAACGACCGCCUGCACCUGUUUGCUGCCACGAGUAUGCAAUGGCUGGCUUCCGCCCACGGCGCUCUCUCGCAGUCUCUCGCCAUUGUCACCGCAUACGACACUCUCGGCGAGGAGGGCCUCACGCACAGCAUGCAGCAGACGCACGCAAAGGUCAUGUUCACCGACCCGGAGCUGCUGCCCAAGCUCGUGAAUCCCUUCAAGAAGACAAAGGACGUCAGCGUCGUUGUCUACAGCACCAAGAACGAUGCGAAGCAAAAGGACAUUGAAGCCCUCACCAGCGCGCAUCCCCACCUCAAGGUCCUCAGCUUCGACCAGCUCCUGAGCCUGGGCAACGACAACCCCGCCCAGCCCAUCCCCCCCAAGGCAGACGACCUGGCCUGCAUCAUGUACACCUCCGGCUCCACGGGCACACCCAAGGGUGUCAUGAUCAAGCACCGCAACGUCGUUGCUGCUGUGGCUGGUGUCGACGCCAUUGUUGGCAAGUACCUCGGCCCCGGCGACGUCCUCAUCACAUACCUUCCCGCCGCGCACAUCCUCGAAUUCGUCUUCGAGAACGCCGUUCUGUACUGGGGUGGAACCAUGGGCUACGGCACCAUUCGCACCCUCUCCGACACCUCUGUGCGCAACUGCGCCGGCGACAUUCGCGAGCUGAAGCCCACAGUCAUGGUCGGAGUUCCCCAGAUCUGGGAGACGGUCAAGAAGGGCAUCGUCAGCAAGGUCGAAGCCGGCGGCGCCGUCAAGAGCAAGCUCUUCUGGGGCGCCUUCGCAGCCAAGAGCUUCCUUCUCGGCUCCGGGCUUCCUGGCAGCGGCGUGCUCGACGCUAUCGUCUUCAACAAGGUCAAGGAAGCCACCGGCGGUAGGCUGCGUAUCUGCUUGAACGGUGGUGGACCCAUUGCAAAGGAGACUCAGCGCUUCAUCUCUCUCGCCAUCACUCCCAUGAUCUCCGGCUACGGUCUCACGGAAACUUGUGCCAUGGGCGCACUCAUGGACCCGCUCGCCUGGACCGACACAGCGCUGGGCGAGAUGCCCGCCUCGGUUGAGAUGAAGCUUGUCGACUUUGCCGACGCAGGCUACCACUCCACCAACAAGCCACCGCAGGGCGAGAUCUGGAUUCGUGGCGGCGCCGUCGUGUCCGGCUACUUGGACAUGCCUGAGGAAACUGCCGAAUCCUUUACUGAAGACGGGUGGUUCAAGACGGGCGACGUUGGCGAGUUUGACUCCCAGGGCCAGAUUCGCAUCAUCGACCGCAAGAAGAACCUUGUCAAGACGCUCGCAGGCGAAUACAUUGCGCUCGAGAAGCUCGAGUCGAUGUACCGCUCCGCUCCCAUCGUGGCCAACAUCUGCGUGUACGCAGCCGAAGACCGCCAGAAACCCAUCGCCAUCAUCGUCCCAGCCGAGCCGGCGCUCAAGAAGCUGGCCGCCGAGCAGGGCGUCUCGGGCGACCAUCUCGAGGAGCUGGUGCACGACAAGAAGAUCAACAGCGCGGUGCUGAAGCAGCUACAACAGGCCGGGCAAAAGGGUGGCUUGGCCGGCUUCGAGAUCAUCGAGGGCGUCGUGCUGGCUGAUGAGGAGUGGACGCCGCAGAACGGUCUUACCACUGCCGCGCAGAAGCUGAACCGCAAGGGCAUCUUGAAGCAGUACGAGAAGGAGGUGGACAAGGCAUACGGCCGCUCGUAG